AUGCGGCUCUCAACAUGGGCUUUAGGGUUCGCCGCCCUGGCCACAGCAGCUUUGGCCCAGACGAUGCCAAAGUGUGCGAGCGACUGCCUCGCGACAAGUCUCGAGGAUUCAACAUGCAGCGCCACGGACGCGGACUGCAUUUGCGCCGACCAAAUGUUAAUGGCAAGCGUGCAGACCUGCGUACUGGGGAGCUGCACGGUCGUCGAAGGACUCUCUGCCCAGAAUGCCACAGCGACAAUGUGCAAGCAACCCAUCCGCGACAAAAGUUGGGUUGCCCCGACCGCGACGAUAGUAACGGGCUCUCUCGCCAUUAUAUGUGUUCUCAUCCGGGUAUUCGACUGUUUUGCUCGCAAGGAGUACAAGUGGGCGGAUUUGUGCGCUGUCGUGGCAUUGGCCUGGUCAAUCCCAAUGGACGUGUUUGAGUUUUACAUGAAAAGCGCCGGAAUGGGCAAGGACGUCUGGACCUUGACGCCAACCCAGAUCACCAACGCGGCCAAGUACACCUGGGUAACCCAAGUUACUUACAUUCCGGCCAUCUGCCUAACCAAGGUCGCCAUCGUCUGCUUCUUCAUGCAAGUCUUCCCCGGACCCAAGUUCCGUCUCCUAUGCUAUGGGACAAUCAUAUGGUGUUUCAUGUUCAUGGUCUCUACAACCAUUACAACCAUACUGUCUUGUGUGCCUGUCGAGAAGCUGUGGACGAACUGGAUGGGCGUGCAAGAGGGCAUUUGCUAUGAUAACAACGCGUUUUGGUGGGCUCACUCGGCAAUCAACAUUGCGACCGACCUGUGGAUUAUCGGCAUGCCAAUCCCCAUGCUCCUGAAGCUACAGCUCAAGCUGAAGAAGAAGAUCUACUUGGUUCUCAUGUUCAGCGUUGGAAUUGUCAUCACCGUGAUCAGCAUCGUCCGCUUCUCCGGCCUGCUGAAAUACUCCACCUCCUCAAAUAUAACAUGUGCGCCACUCCCUCCCUCCCUCCCCUUCAACCCCAAACCCUCCAAGAACCCACUAACCCCACCCAUCUCUCACACAGACAACAACGUGAUGGUCGCCACAUACAGCGUAAUCGAAUGCAACAUCUCCAUCGUCUGCUGCUGCAUGCCCGCAAUCCUCUCGACCCUCCGCCGCGCCUUCCCCACCGUCUUCGACAGCCAGAACCGGUCGCUCCGCUACGACAGCACGCCCUUUUCGGGGAGCGCCAUCCAGAAAACCGUCACGCACAAGGUCACAUAUAUGCCCCGGGCGGGCCACUCGGAUGACGCGGUUGAGCUUGUGGAUCGGGAGCCCGGGGUUGCGGGGGGGCAGAAGAGUCCGUGGUAG